UUAAGAAGUCUCAGACAAAGACAUUGUCCGAGUCCACUUUUCAAACAUGCUCUGUGAACACAGCUGUUUUGAUUUUGAUGCAGUCUGAUGAGUCGUCUGCUUGCCGGAGUUCGAAGACAAAGAAGGGUGUUGCCCUAUCUACUCAGGAGCCAAAACAUUAGCCACGUGGAGAAAUGUUCCAGAGAAAGCACUCCUUGCGGUGUUGUACGGGAGGUCUUCAAGAGUUGCUGUAAAUUAAACAGGAGAGGGGAAGCAUAGUGACAGCUUAAGAUGUCCCUAGCGACAGAUGAAAAUGGUCCUCUGAGUUCCCAGCAGAAACCAACAGCAUCCUGUGUGAUACUGCAGCCUGAAGACAAAGCAGAGCUCCCUGGGAAAGGAGAAGACAGUGUUCUGCAAAUGCUGAGCUACUCAAAGUUUACAGACCUGGAAACCUGGCUAUGCAGGCCAUCUGCACUGUUGCCUAGGAGUUCAGAAAUGCCAUCUGGAGAAACGACAUCACUGUUGACACAGAGUGUGGCUGCAGACUUGGAGCUGAGAGCAAGGCCUUUGGAUAGAAAAGCCCCAGUGCUGGGCAAGACCCAGUCAUUGGAUAACACUCCAGUGCCAGUAUCCCCUUAUUCAGGGCAAGAAGGCACUGCUUUGAGGAAGCGCCGCCGCCUGCCCUGCAGCCCUGGGGGCCUUCUUUGGAACACUGCAGGGGCACAGCAGCGCAGAUAUGACAGAGACGAAACCUUGCCUGCAUCUGCAGAGAAGCACAACUCUAACAGUGACAAAAAUGAUCCUGUGUUCAUCUGGGGAAUCUCACACAGACCAGUUCUGAGGAAAAGCAUCUCAGUUGAUGAUCGUUUGUUCCAGCAGCCACACAAGGAGCAACACAAGCUGCUUAGCAGACUGGAGAGAAGCAAGAACAAGCUGAGGAGCAUACAUAGCCUUGGAUCCCCAAGCAGAUGUGAAACACAGAGACAGACAGAGAACAAGAUUGCCCGUUUCGCACAGCGACUGAGUCAGAAGCCGAGAGACCAAAGUCAGAGUGAUGCACUAAACAAGGACAUUAGACACUUGGCUCUAACAGGUUCUCCUGGUACUUCACAGAGCUUAGACAGGAAUUUCUCUGUCAGUAUGACUCAGCAAAUGCAGAACCUGCACCUCUCACAUGCCAAGAAGAGCAGCGGCCCCUCCUCGCCCAGCGCCGCCAAGCGCCUCUACCGCAACCUCUCGGAGAAGCUCAAAGGGAGUCACUCCUCUUUUGAUGAGGCCUAUUUCUUUGGCCGUUCUGAUCGUUUCAGGAAAACUUCUGUGAAUGUACAGUGCAGUGAGGCCCUGUUUGAGGCAGUGGAGCAGCAGGACCUGGAUGCAGUUCAGAUCCUGCUCUAUCAGUACACGGCCGAUGAGCUGGACCUCAACACCCCCAACAGUGAGGGCCUGACGCCCUUGGACAUCGCCAUCAUGACCAACAACGUUCCCAUGGCCAAGCUCCUUCUGAAGGCUGGAGCCAAAGAGAGCCCGCAUUUUGUUAGCCUGGAGAGCAGAGCCCUGCACCUCACCACUGUGGUUCAGGAAGCCCAACAGAGGGUGAGUGAACUGUCAGCUCAGGUGCUGAGUGAAGGACUGAAUCUGGACAGCUCUGAAAAGGAAAAACAACUGAAGGCCUGGGAAUGGCGAUACAAACUCUACAAGCGCAUCAAGACGGGGUUUGAACAUGCAAGGGCCCCAGAGACGCCGUCCAGUGUCCGUCUGAGUGUAACGAGUAGCACAUCACUCACUGUCACCUUCCAGGAGCCUCUGAGCAUCAACUCAGCAGUAGUCACCAAAUACAAAGUGGAGUGGAGUUAUUUGAAAGACUUUUCCUCGCUGGCUGGAGAAUUAAUCAUGGACAAUCUUCAGACUUUGAGGUGCACUAUCACAGGUCUCACAACGGGCAAGGCAUAUUAUGUUCAGGUUUCUGCCUAUAAUAUGAAGGGCUGGGGCCCAGCACAGUUGGCUACUCCUCCUUUUGCAGUGCCCUCAAACUGGAAAGAGUGUGAUGGGAGAGAACCUCGGCACAGGGGGCAGAUUGAGGCGAUGGAACGUCUGCUUCAGCAGGUUCGAGCCACACAUCACCAUUACAGCUGCGGAGAUACUUCUAAGUUACAGAACUCUAGUCGCAAGCAGUCUGUCUCAAGAAGCCUAAAACACCUUUUUCAUUCGUCAAACAAGUUUGUGAAAACACUAAAACGGGGACUGUAUGUGGCAGCAGUAUUUUAUCACAAGGACAGUCUUCUAGUGACCAAUGAGGAUCAGAUACCAAUAGUAGAAAUAGAUGAUUCUUACACCAGUUCCAUCAUGCAAGACUUUCUGUGGUUUACCAAGCUAUCUUGCAUGUGGGAAGAUGUCCGGUGGCUCAGGCAGAGCAUGUCGGUGUCUAUGUCCUCCUCGUCCACUCUUCAAGCCCGACAGAAGAUGCUGUCUGCUGCAGGACAGCUACAGAACUUGCUUGGGACCCAUAAUCUGGGACGUGUGUAUUAUGAACCCAUUAAAGACAGGCAUGGGAAUGUACUGAUAGUCACAAUAAGAGAGAUGGAGAGCCUCUAUUCCUUCUUCAAUGGCAAAUGGAUGCAGAUUUCCAAGUUGCAGAGUCAGAGGAAAUCCCUCUCAACCCCAGAGGAGCCAACUGCCUUAGAUAUACUGCUGAUUACAAUCCAGGAUAUCUUGUCCUAUCAGAGACGAAGCCAGCAUCGCCUAUCUCCAGGCCUGUAUUUGGGCUACCUGAAGCUCUGCAGUUCUGUAGACCAGAUCAAAGUCCUUGUCCCUCAGAGGCUGCCCAAUGUUCUGUGUCAUUUUAAAAUCCGAGACAACUGCAAUGUUUCGAGAGAUGAGUGGGAAUGGCUCCAAAAACUGUCUGGCCCGGCUUAUGUGGAAAGUGCAGAUCAGACAUCGGUCUGCCACACUCCACCAUUCUUCUAUGAGCUCCAGAUGGCUGUAAAAGGCUUGCUCAGACAAAUCAAUCUACCUCUGCACCAGGCCAAGCUCUUCCGGAUCUACACGCAGGAGGUACUGGAGCUGGGUCACAAUGUCUCCAUUCUUCUGCUGCUCCCCGCUUCAGACGAUGUCUGCACUGCCCCAGGACAAAAUAAUCCUUACACCCCACACUCAGGGUUCCUCAACCUCCCUCUUCAAAUGUUUGAGCUAGUUCACUUUUGCACUUAUAAGGAGAAAUUCAUCAGCCUAUACUGUCGUCUGUCUGCUGUAUUGGACCUCGACUCGCUCAUUACCCAGCAGUCCCUGAGAGAGGCCAUUUCAGACACUGAGGUGGCAACUGCAAAACAACGGCACCAGCAUGUUUUAGACUACAUACAGCAAAUGGAUGAAAUGUGGCGAGAAAUGAGGUGGAUCAUGGACGCCCUUCAGUACGCCCGUUACAAACAGCCUGUAGGUGGCGUACCAAUCACCUGGUUUGUUGACACAACAGUGGAGCACUCCGUGGAGAAGAAUGACUCCACGUCUUCUAACAUGGACUAUCUUCCCACUCCUUCCCCUUCACCUGAAAUGCGCAGAAGAAAGGCUGUUAGCGAUUCACAGCCUGGCUCCGAUGAAGAUGGAUGCUCUGAAGUCUUUCUCCCUACGGAUAGCGACUAUGAUUCGAGUGAUGCUUUGAGCCCCCGCGAGCUAGACCUGGUCUACUCCUCUUCCCAGGACAUCUCUCAGCAGGCUGUCUGUGGCUUGAGUGGGAGCGCCCCUGAUGUGUUGCAGGUGCACGACCUGAAGUACUCCUUCUGCCUAAAAGAAGACACCGGAGUGUCUAGUGGCUUUGACACAGAGGGUGAAUUUUGCUCCAAGAACAUGGAGGACUUGACGUUAUCUGGACUCACUUCCAAAGGCGCAGACAAGGGCUCCCGUGGCAAGCAGUUUGGCAGUAAGAAGAAGCUGCUGUCCAAGCAACAACACCAUAGCUACUUCAGCGGACACCACCGCUGGCUGCGGGUGCACAGUGAGAGCCAGGCCGUCUCGUUGUCAGAAGGUGUGUACACUCAGCAGCGGGAGACAGAUUUACCUCUGGAAUCAACUACUGGAGGGGCUAUGAAUAUUUUCACUGAGCUACCACGUAGUUCUUUUUUACCUCACGCUUCUAGCCUCCCUGAAGACGGGAAGAAUCGACACCGAGAGUCGAAACAGAAUGUGCGCAGGAUCUUUGUUGAGCCCUGCAAAAAGACUUCCCUGAGCGAAGAUACCCACACCUGGACUCUGAAUGUAGGAGAGUCAGAAGCUGCCACUGGUGUGGUGGUUGGUUUUGAAUGCGCUGUGGCUCAAGAUGUGGAUUCUGACGACCAAACUAAUUCUCAAGUAUCUGAAAUAUUCAGCAGUACACUCUAGGAGUAAAUUAUCUGAUGUAAUUGUAGAUGCUGUUUUCCAGUGCUUGGCCACGGUCAAGAGAUUUCAAAAGAAGUGUGCUAAGCCAUGGUGAAGAGAAUUCAAGAUAAAUACCACAGGUAAGAAACACAAAGACACAGAAGGUCUUUCAUAGCUAUACAUGAUUUAUCGAACGAGAAUCUUCUGAAAGUGUUAAAAAAAAUUAUACUCAAAUGUGCAAAGGGUUGUAUGAAAAUUAGAUAUUCGAGAUUGUAAAUAUUGGACAGCAGGUUGCACUACUGCAGUGUUAAUACAGUACACGUUGGUGUUAUAUAGUAAAUGCAAGACCAAUUAACUGAUCUUUGCACAGUUUUGAUGUGCUCUAAAAAACUCAAAAUAUCAGUUUGAUAGCUAUGGUAAAACAAAUUAUUAAACUGCUAUCAACUCAUUUGUACUGUAUUGAUCAGCUUUAUAACCCUUUGUAAUUUCUAAAUACCUAUUUUGCACUACAUUACAGUAACAGUUUUGAGGAUGUUUUCUACAGAUGUGACUUUUCCAAUUUUGAAAGUUGAAAUUCAGCCACAAAACAGGUUUUGAAUUUCUCAGUGUUGAAAUUUAAUGCUCAUAGUUGCUAAUUUCACUCAGGAAAGCUGGGCUUUUCCAUAUGAUGUACAUUUAACAUAGCCCAUUUUAUUUUUUUAAUUUGUGUCUAUAUUUCAUUGUCAGCAUGCUAAAUAUUUUAUUUUGUGUUUGAACUAUAAUGGAGUUGAAUCUUUUAUGUAAGAUUGUCAAUGUAUGCUUUAUCACUGGCCCUUGUAAAUACAUAUAUUUCACUUGUGAUCAGAGUGAAUUUCAAUGCUGUGUUCCAAAACAUUCAGUUGAGAUCUUAUAUAAAAAUAUAACCGAGUAUGAAUAUGCCUUUUGUACGUCCCACAAGCUUUGAAUUAAAUAGUUUCCCUUAGAAAUCAAAGACUUUUAUUCUUAUGAGACAAAAAUUAGGCAAAUCCCAAGGUUUAUUAAGAGUUUUGUUGUCCAAGAUAUCAAAAUGCAUAACAAUAUUUUGGAUUUUAGUAAAUGCAUCAAAGUAUGCAAUAAAGCAGAUCUUCUGCAUACUGUGUAAAAUUACAGCCUCAAAGCAGUUAUUUUAAAUUAUUUAGUUGUGGAGUUGUGGGCAUUAUCUUCAAAGAAAAUGUUUAUGAUGGUAACCUGCAACAGUAAAAAUAGUACUAAGAAAGGAACAUUUUUAUAACAACUAUUAAUACAAAUCAUCUAUUUUUUGUGUUAGUGAAAAAUGUGAUUUUAUUAUGUUUUUUAGUAAAAUGAGUUUAGAAUAGCUGGGUGUUUCAGAAUGAGAACUGACAGACAGAGUGACAGACUUUACCUCCUUGAAAUUCAAAUGCUUGUGAGACUAGUACAAGGCAGGCAGGGCUUUUAAUUGUGUGUCUAAAGCAUGAAGUCAGUCCCUUUCAGUUACUUGCAGUGUGUGAAAUGCAGAGGUGUUGACCAUUGUAAAAAUACAAAUUAAGAAAGGUUGAAAAACAGUGGUCCGUACACUUGACAAGACUAGAAGCGAGUUACCACUCCGCAGAGAAAAUAUUACCAUGCUGCUCAUGCAAUUCAAAUGAUAUGCUGAAAAAUCCGUGUGAGGCAAUAAAUGUGCAUUCACCUUUAAGGAGUUUUACAAUGUGAACUGGAAUCAGACAUCAUUAUUUUGAAAAAAGAUCUUUACAAACAUUAUCUCAGUAUCAACAGGAAACAGAUUUCUUGAUUUGAUAUGCUUUUCUGCACUUAAUAUCCAUAUCCGUUUCAUAACACUGUAAACCAAGGGGGGAUUGGCUUUGCUGGUACCUGGGUUGUAAUAUAUUGUUAAUUAUAUUUACAAUUAAAUCAUGUAAUUCUGUGGCAGUGUGAAAUCCUAAACCUUUAAUUCAAAAAAUGAAUUCACUUGAAAACUUGAAACUUCCUUCAACUAAGUUUGGUUUUAAGGAAAGAGAAUGGUUAAUUUAAGUUGGCCUAUCAAUCGAUGGUUUUUGUAUAUAGAAAGAAAUGUUGAAGCCAGCUUUGCAUGUUUCACGUGCUUUUGUUCUGUUGUUUCAGAAUUAGUCUUUGUAUGAAGGAGUCUUGUUGACAAUUUAAAAUGUGAAUGAAGUCUUUCAUAAUUGAUAAGAUAUCAAUGCUGGGACAAAUCAAGUAAAUUUACUGAUCACCACACUGGACUAUUUUGUAACAUGUAAAGAAGGCUGUUCUCUUCUAUGAUGUUUUACUGUACUGUGUUUAGUCACAGAGGAAAAGCCUUAACUGUUGGCAUGUUUGUGGAUUGCUAUUUUACUACAAAGAUGUUUGUUGUUGCCAUCUUGAAACAAGGGCACACUGUUGCUUUAUUCAGUAAAUUUUAUUCUUUAAACACCU